AUCGUCAGAUCAUUCAACAUGGUUUGGAAAAUUCUGAUUUCUUCAAUGUUCAUUGCACAAUAUGCGGUCAUGGCAUCUGAUGAUUUACCUACAUCCACAGGAAUACCAACCGAAAUGAGAGCUUGUCAAAGUAAAUGUGGAGUACCCUUGGAAAUCAGAAUGAAACCUACUAAACCCGGAUGCAAAAAAUGGAACGAAUGUGACGAUAAUGAAAAACAAUGUGCCAGUGGACCGAAAUUACAAAUUAUUUACACUAACAAUGUGUGUAACCAAUUUGUAAAUAUCUGUGAGAAUAGAGAAUAUGCUAAUUGGAACAUGCAAAAAUGUGGAAUCCCCCAUGUUGUCAGCAAAAAUCCCACUCCAGAAGCGUGCGAAAAAUGGAACAAAUGUUCUGGAAAGCAAAAGGAAUGUGCUGCUCAUGGAAGAGAUGACUACUUGUACGCUGAUAAAGCGUGUAGCAAGUAUCCAACUUCUGGUUAAAUGUUAAAUUUUGUCCUUAUUUGCUUCACCUUGCAUUUAAUCAGUAAACGCUUUACGAACCAACCUAAUAGUUAAUGAAACAUGUACUUGAAAAUUUCAGUACAUUUUUCACUACAUUAGAGACCUGUAAAAUUGUUUUCAAAUAAAAUAAAAUUUUCAAAAUUUAUU